CCCACUCUUUAUCCCUGCAACCAUCAGGUUACUAAAUGAUGACAAAAGUAAGGAGUAGGUGGAGAGCACACCAGUGUUGCUGGGUGUUUCCGGGGGCAGGCUGGUUGUUACUGACGGGCUGAAAUGAAUUCUCAAGUUGAGGUUGAGUGGUCAUCAGGGUCAGGAGGAGUGAUGGGCGGAGGUCAAAGGUCACUGCUGCAGGGAGAAGGUCUGCUAGGGAGAGAGUGAGAGAGAGGCUGAAGAAGAAGAUGAAGAAGAAGAUGAAGAUGGUGGAUGUGUGGUCCCGCGGUAAGAAGGAGUGUGACGGGGAGAGAGGAGGCAGGAGGCGGAUCAUAAGAACACAUCCUCCGCCCUCUGAAGACGCCUCCUGACGGAGAGUCUCUCUCAGUCUGCCCGGUACCAAGUGUCCCCGAGCCGCCUUCAUCCUCCCUAGAUAACCCGAUCAGAACCCUUCAGCCUCCUUCUCCGGUUCCUCCUCCUCCUCCUCCUCCUGCUCCUCCUCGGGCUUUACGCGCAGCGGAGCGAUGGAAGCGCUGCGCCCGGAGCCCCGCGCUCCUCCGCGGCUCCGCCUCGGCCGCCUCCUGCUGCUGCUGCUGGGCUGCAGCGUGUCCUGCUCGGCGGCCUGGGACCUGGUUCUCCUCCACACCAACGACGUGCACGCCCGCGUGGAGGAGAAGUGCGACCACCACGGCCGGUGCUCCGCCGGCGUGGCCCGGAGAGCCACGGAGGUCCGGAGGGUCCGAGCCGCCGAGCGCAACGUGCUGCUGCUGGACGCCGGGGACCAGUUCCAGGGAACCGUGUGGUUCAACUACUACAAGGGGGCCGAGGCGGCGCACUUCAUGAACACCCUGAGAUAUGAUGCCAUGACCUUGGGGAAUCACGAGUUUGACAACGGAGUGGAAGGUCUCAUGAAACCGUUCAUGGAGGAGAUCCAGUGUCCGGUGGUCAGUGCCAACAUCAGACCGGACCCGACCCUGGCAGCGACCUUUGGGAAGUCCUACCUGCCCUAUAAGAUCCUGGAGGUGGGGGGGCAGAGGGUCGGCGUGGUGGGGUACACGUCACAGGAGACGUCAGCCCUGUCCAAACCUGGGCCUCACCUGGUGUUCGAGGAGGAGGUGGACGCUCUGCAGCCGCACGUGGACAAGCUCCUCACGCUGGGGGUCAACAAGGUCAUCGCUCUGGGUCACUCUGGCUUCACCAAGGACCAGGACAUCGCCAGGAGAGUCCGCGGAGUGGACGUGGUCAUCGGGGGACACACCAACACCUUCCUCUACACGGGGACUCCUCCCUCCAGUGAAGUGCCAGCAGGUCCAUAUCCCUUCAUGGUGAAGUCAGAGGACGGGCGCCAGGUUCCUGUGGUGCAGGCCUACGCCUUCGGGAAAUACUUGGGUUAUCUGAAAGUGACCUUUAACGAGGCUGGAGACGUAGUGAGGUCCACAGGAAACCCCGUCCUGCUGGACAGCAGCGUCCCUCAGGACGCAGACGUUCUGGCCGAUGUGGAGCGAUGGAGGAUGAAUCUGAAGAACUACUCGUCUCAGGUGGUGGGACAGACGCUGGUCCUCCUGAACGGGGAAGCGGAGGAGUGUCGGUUCAGGGAGUGCAACCUGGGGAACCUGAUCUGCGACGCCAUGGUGGACAACAGCAUCCAGCUCCCAGACGAGGUCCAGUGGAACCACGUCAGCGCCAGCAUCUUCAACGGAGGCGGCGUCCGGGCGUCUGUGGACGAACGGACCAGGGGGGGUUCGAUCACCAUGGAGGACCUGAUCUCCGUGCUGCCGUUCGGAGGAACCUUCGACCUGGUGAGGCUGAGGGGCUCCACGCUGAGGAAGGCGUUCGAGUUCUCAGUGAGACGACACGGAGAAGGAACCGGAGAGUUCCUCCAAGUGUCCGGAUUCCACGUGGAGUUCGACCUCUCCCGACCUCCAGGACACCGUGUGACCAGCCUCCUCAUCCUCUGCACCGAGUGCCGCGUCCCUCUCUACCAGCCGGUGCAGGACGAGGCGGUGUACCCGGUGGUGCUGCCGUCCUACAUGGUGAGCGGCGGGGACGGAUACGCCAUGAUCCCCAACGAGAUGGUCAAGCACAACAGCGGAGAUCUGGACAUUUCAGUCGUCUCCAGGUUCAUCGGGCAGAGAAAGAAAGUGUAUCCUCCGGUUGAAGGACGAAUCAGGCUCCUCAACUCGGCGGCGGGGGGGCGGGGACCAGCUGCUCUGGUGGUUUCCCUGUCGCUGCUCUGGAGUGUGUGUGGGGCCAUGUGAGACCGACAGGAAGAAGAGACGAUGUCUCACCUUCACACGUCUCUGUCCUCGUCCACUGCAGUACCUCUGAUGGACACCAGGGGCUGAGCUGCGACGGCUUAUUAACACGUCUGAACACUUCCUGUUUCCAUCAGCUCAGUUUGUUG